AUGAUAUAUAACCCCCAACACUUUACAUACUGAGUUAUUAUAUCUUCUCUCUGGCUGGGUAUAGAUUUGUGUGAGCUGAUAUAGAAGCUAAGACUGCAAUGGCAACACAAGAGAAACAGAAAAGCUUAGAAGAAACAUCAACAUGGGCAGUUGCAGUUGUGUGCUUUGUUUUGGUGGCUAUUUCACUCUUUGUUGAACACGGCCUUCAUCUUUUAGGAAAGUGGUUGAAGAGUAGACACAAGAAAGCUUUGUAUGAAGCUCUUGAAAAAGUAAAAGCAGAGCUUAUGUUGAUGGGAUUUAUAUCCUUGCUUCUGACGAUAGGACAAGAACCCAUCUCAAGUAUAUGUAUCUCAAAAAGCAUAGCAUCGUCUUGGCAUCCCUGUGCUGGGGGAUCCAAGACUAAAUCAUCAGGAAAAGAGUCUGUUGAUGAUAACAGCCGUCGAAAACUUCUCCAGUUUUCAGAUUCCGGCUCAAUCCAUAGACGGAGUCUCGCAAUUUAUUAUGACAAAUGUGCAGAUAAUGGUCAAGUUGCCUUUGUUUCUGCAUAUGCUAUCCACCAGCUCCAUGUAUUCAUCUUUGUGUUGGCUAUUACUCAUAUUCUUUAUUGUAUCACAACAUUGGCUCUGGGCAGAACCAAGAUGAGAAUGUGGAAGGUUUGGGAGGAUGAAACAAAGACAGUAGAAUACCAAUACUAUAAUGAUCCUGAGAGGUUCAGGUUUGCGAGAGAUACGUCAUUUGGGCGAAGGCAUUUGCAUAAAUGGGGUGAAUCUUCAGUUAUCCUUUGGAUAGUGUGCUUUUUCCGACAAUUUUUGGGGUCAGUAACCAAGGUUGAUUACAUGACAUUAAGGCAUGGAUUUAUCGUGGCACAUUUGGCUCCUGGAAGCGGAGCAAGAUUCGACUUUCAGAAGUACAUUAGCAGAUCACUUGAAGAGGAUUUCGUAGUUGUGGUGGGAAUCACUCCAAUCAUAUGGUUCGUUGCAGUGUUGUUCCUCCUCACAAAUACACAUGGAUGGAAUGCCUCCCUUUGGUUACCAUUUCUUCCAUUAAUUGUAAUUCUAAUGGUAGGGGCAAAGCUACAAUUCAUCAUAACCAAAAUGGGAUUGAGGGUUCAAAACAGAGGGGAUGUUGUGAAGGGUGCACCUUUGGUUGAGCCAGGCGAUGACCUUUUCUGGUUCGGUCGCCCUGGCUUUCUUCUCUUUCUCAUCCAUGUGGUUCUAUUUCAGAAUGCAUUACAAAUUGCCUUCUUCGCUUUUAGUUGGUAUAAAUUUGGCUUGAAAUCUUGCUUCCACCAUACAAAUAAAGAUAUUGCCAUUAGAAUCUCAUUGGGGAUCUUAAUACAGAUUUUGUGCAGCUAUGUGACUCUUCCCCUCUAUGCUUUGGUGACACAGAUGGGCUCGAAUAUGAGACCAACGAUCUUUAAUGACCGAGUGGCAACAGCAUUGAAGAAUUGGCACCAUACCGCGAAGAAACAUACUAAAGACAGCAAGCACUCUGAUAGUCACUCACCAAUGUCAAGCAGGCCAACAACUCCUACUCAUGGCAUGUCGCCGGUUCAUCUCCUGCAUAAUUACCGCAGCAGUACUGCUUUUGAUAGCUAUCAUGCAUCUCCAACUCAUCCUAACUACUAUGGAAGUGAGAAUUGGGAUCCCGAAGCAACUUCACCAUCUCCGUCUCCUCCUCGCCUUUACAAACAAUCACAAAAUGAUGAGUCUGUUCAUGUUGAGGAACAAGAGAUGACAACAACAACAACAACUCAGGAGUCAAGCUCCACACAACUGCCUCCUGCUCCGCACCCCAUCCGGACUCAACAUGAAAUCAAUGUACAUUCAGCAGAAUUCUCCUUCAAGAGAAAGGAGAAAUUGUAAAUUUCUUAUGCAUGUAAUUUGCAAGGAUGAUUUUGAACACGUCAGGUUGAUGAUACUGGAGUGCUUAUAUUUUCCUUUUCUUUUGGCAGCAGUUGCUGUUUUGUAACUUGUAAUGCAGUGUCAUAUAUUGAAUCAAUACUUUCAUUUUAGAGGAUCAAAA